AUGCCAUUCGUAGAUGAGUCCAGCCUUCCAGAUGCCUCGCAACCGCAGGCAGAUUUUCUCGAUACCUCGUUCUUUCAGGGCCAUUCUGCCGACUACUUGAAGUUCGAUGAAGCAGUGACAAUGCGAGCCAUGCGACAGAUAUUCCGGAAUGACGAGAUACCGGUUCCAGAAAUAUUCGGCUGGAGGACUUACAAUGCCCACAAUUUCGUCUAUAUGAGCCUGAUACACGGCCAGACAUUGCGGAAGGCCUGGCCUUCUCUGACAGAAGCAGACCAAGCAAGGAUCUGUGAACAAUUAAGUAGUGUGGUGUCUUCUCUUCGAAGCAUCACGCGAGGGCCAACGGAAAAAGUUAUUGGUUCCAUCAGCGGCGGUCCAGUCACAGACAAAUAUUUCAAGCCCGACUAUGAAGGCGGUCCUUUCGCGAAGAUUUGUGACUUCCACGACUGGAUAUAUGCGGCGGCCACGCGCCAACAGCCCGGCCCAGACAUGGUCAUUCCGGAGCCUUAUCAAGCAUACCGAGACUCAUUUGACGACAACAGCAAGAUAUACUUCACGCACGGGGACCUUAGUCUCGACAACAUCAUAGUCGCUUGCACAAACGGCUCUUGGAGUAUUGUCGGCAUUGUCGACUGGGAGCAGUCUGGAUGGUACCCCGAAUACUGGGAGUAUUGCAAAUUGUAUUUCGGAGUGGAAGAUCAGCAUCCUUGGCGGACGGAUGGCUGGGCUGAUAAAGUAAUUUCUGGUACAUGCUUUGACGACGUCUUGUUCGCAUUGGCAGAGUAUACUUCCUGGAGAGGGUACUAA